AGAAGUAGUCUAAUCCUUGAUAACCUCAACCGAAAUCCCUGAUGGCUGCCGGAGCAGAAUAUGACAGAACGAACAUAACAACCAUCAGCUCCCUUGAUGAUUACUUUCCGUACUCAGACGGAGUGUUUAUCUCCCUGGCCGGACUAAACAUACUCAUUGUUCUUAUAGCGGUGCUGGGUAACUGUAUCGUGAUCUAUGGAAGUAAAAUAUAUAAUGCCAUCAAGAUAGACAAAGUUUCCCUCAUAUUUCUGGAAGCUCUGGCUGUAGCAGACAUCCUAAUAGCGAUAGUGUUCUACGUGCCCAUAACAGUGACUCUAGUCAGAGGAAGCUGGGUGCUAGGCAACAGUCUGUGUUUUGUAAACGCCUUCUUCACCUCUACCCCCAGCAUAGCAGAGAUCCUCAUACUGACGGCUAUCUCCCUUCACCGCACCUGGGCGGUGAGGAACCCCUUCAACGCAGAUGUUAACCCCACUCUUGUAAUGGUCCUGAUCCUGGUGUUGUGGCUGGUAGCUCUGGUGCCCCCCCUAGUGUGGAUAAUACUAGACAUGUUCUCUUACUACGACCCUCACAACCUGUCCUGCGUGUCCUCUGUGUAUACUGACCCUGCUAUGAGGGGGGUCGCAGCUGCUGGCAGUGUCCUGCUCGUAGGGUUACCUCUGUUGGUGGUGGUCAUUUGUAAUAUCUACCUUCUCUACGUCUCUAUUGCUCACAACAAACGUAUGGGACAGUCGCCUUCCAGGGUAGCAGUGGUGACUAUAACCAUUAUCUGCUGGACCUUCGUCAUAUCUUGGUUGCCCUUUGUGAUAAAAGUAAUUCUGACGGCGGUGAUGGACGAGGUCCCCGCAUGGAUAUACGUGGUACAGAUUGAGAUGCUGGGUCUCAAUGUAAUGCUCAACCCUGUCAUUUACACCGUCACAAAUAGGAGGUUCCGCGACUUUUUGGUGAGGAAACUUUUCAGGCGACGAAAGAAGCCGACUCAUUACUUAAACCGGAGUUUUAGUCCGAAUAGGGAUCUGAAUGUAGUGCAGAGGAUAUCGGCAUUUUCUGAUUCAUCUCCCAACUUGCACAGAAAUACUGCACCCAAUUAUAGUACAGGGAAAUCCGUCUGA